UGCUUAAUCGUUUUUUCUAUUUGUUUAAGUCUGAACCGGUUCCUCUGUUCGUUAAACAAGUGUUUUGUCUUUAUCUAUUUUGUUUAUGCUUUUUGUGUUUAGUUUAUUCUCUUAUUCUUCAGUGGUGUUCAGCCUUCAUUAUUGAACUGUCUGACCAAAGAUUAACGCUGAUUCGGAUGCUCUUCAGCAUCUUGAUCUUUAUUUGAAUCUAAGAAUCAACGGCCAUCGAUAUUAUAUUCCUCUAUCAAUCCGCAUGUUACGACAGAAUCAAAUUGUAUGCAUGUGUGAUAUGACUCCUUUGUCUAUGGCUCGUCGAUGGGCUACUGGCUAGAGUUUUUGAUGCUACGGAAUAGGACAGACAUUAUAUUAGUUAUUGCUCUCAAUGGGUUUUCUCUGAAACAGGUUGCUUAGAAGAUAGCGGUUAAGGGUUUUAAAAUGGAAAAAUAUGAUGAUGGUGGUACUGCAAAUCAGCUGUUUAGUGGUCUGAAUACUUUCUUGAGAAGAUGCUUGUUCCGUGUUCUUUCUGUGGGUCCUAUUCCGAAUCAUUUUGCCUUUAUCAUGGAUGGAAAUCGAAGGUAUGCUAAGAAGUGUAAUCUGGAAGAAGGGGCUGGCCAUAGAGCUGGGUAUUCAUCUCUCAUGUCUUUACUCAAGUAUUGCUAUGAAUUAGGGGUGAAAUAUGUGACAAUCUAUGCCUUUAGCAUUGAAAAUUUUAAAAGAAAACCUGAUGAGGUUCAUGACUUGAUGGAUCUAAUGCUGGAGAAGAUGCAGGCAAUGCUCAAGGAAGAAAGUAUUGUGAACCGGUAUGGCAUUAAAGUGCAUUUUAUAGGUAAGUUAAAACUUUUGAGUGAGCCUGUCAGGGUUGCAGCAGAGAAGGUGAUGAGGGCUACUGAAAAGAACAGCAAGGUGGUGCUUUUAGUCUGUGUAGCAUAUACUUCAGGUGAUGAGAUAGUGCAUGCAGUUCAAGAGUCUUGUAAGCAUAAAAGGGAUGAAAUUGAAGCUUUGAAUGAACGUAAAACUUCUAAUGUCGUUCCUAAUGUUGUGGAAUCCUACAAAGAUAGAUUGGAUGGAUCUCAAACUCCAAAGGCAACUGGAGCUUGCAAUGGUGUGAUUGAAGGAAUUGAUGGCACUAAUAAGAUUAAUGUUGCAAUUGAUUGUACUGGUGAAAAAUUAUGUGAUGAUCAAGAUGAAGCUCAAGCAUCGAAGGUUAGAAUUGGCAAUGGUUUGGUUGAUGAAAUUGAAGAGAGAGAGAAGAUGCAAAGGCAGCAUUGUGUAAUAAAUCUGGUAGAUAUCGAGAAGCACAUGUACAUGGCUGUAGCUCCUGAUCCUGACAUCCUUUUGCGAAGUUCUGGUGAGGCCCGACUGAGCAAUUUCCUUCUCUGGCAAACCAGUAAUUGCCUACUGUAUUCUCCAGCUGCAUUGUGGCCGGAGAUUGGUUUGUCACACUUGGUGUGGGCAGUGCUAAACUUCCAAAGAAACCACGCAUACUUAGAGAAGAAGAAAAAGCAAUCAUAACAAUUUUUACCCCGCAAAAAACAAUAAUUUCUCUAAUAGAUUAUGGCAAGGUGUGCAUUGGGUGACAGUAUUAUUUCUCUAUUUCAACUGGAAGCCUAGUACCUGUAGUGUUGGAAUGCACUUCCAGAGUUACAGUGUCUUCGCACUUCAUGUCCGGGCAAUAAAAUAUUUUGGUGGCUUAUCAUAUACUGGCAUAAGCUCCUAUGUAGGAAUCAGGUCAGAUUAAGUAAUAUAUAUGAAAAUACAUUUAUCUGUAGAUUUUAAAUUAUGAAGAAAAAAUAUAAGAUAAAGCAGUUGGAUUAAGCAUGCCAAUUUUCUCACGUAGAAGUUUGAAGUUUGUAUGCUUAGAGUUCUGCUAUUGUAAUUGUUUUUGAAAAUUUAUAGAAUACUUUUCGAGUUCUACUCCUUUUGUAUCAAAAUCC